AGCAUCAAUAAACCCAAUCUAAUUGCAUAUUGAGAAUCUUAGAAACUUCCCUGGAAGUAUGGAUGCGGUUGUUUUCCAUUCUCAGUAUGUUAACUUUCCAUCUUUCGUUUCUUUCAGCAAGCAGCUCAAGCUCGGAAGACCCGUUCAGAUUUUCAAAGAUAGUCCCUGGGCUUUUGCUUCGCAAAACCAUGUGCUUCAAUUAAGUGUUUCGAGCACUAAGUCUGAUGAACGUAAAAGAAGCAGACUUCCCCGGAAAGGUUCUGCAUUAGGAAGAACAGAAAAGGAAGAUGUGGGUAAAAAACUUCAGUUCUCUGGUGGGAAAAUUCACAGAUCGCCUAAACAGGAGGAGAUUCUUGCGUUGUUCAGACGUAUACAGUCCUCAAUCUCAAAGGCAUUGGCUAAGCAGAGCAAUGCCAGCUUGUCCCCAACUGAAUCGAUUCUGGAGGUUCUUCACCAAUCGAAGAAGCCAAGAGAAGGAACUAUAAAAGGUGAAGGAGAUAAGGCGUUGGCACAGAAAAGAGGUGUUGCCAAGAAGGAAAAUACGCUAGACAAUGAUGUGCAAGACUCGGCAGCAAACUUCAACUUAACUAGGCCACCGACAAAUUUUGUUAGGAGGUCCCCAAUACCACCUACAACAAUCCCAACGGGAAACACUAUUGAGUUGAACAGUGAUUCAUCAGCGACUAAAGAAGAGAAAAAGUUGGUGAUGCCACCAAAAAUAGAUGAAAUGAAACUGCCAGAGCUGAGGGAGCUGGCGAAGUCUAGGGGAAUGAAGGGCUACUCCAAGUUGAAGAAAGGUAAACUCUUGGAAUUGCUAAGGUCUUCAAAGCUUUGAAUAAAAGCUUCAGAAUUAUUGUUUGUAGCUUGUUCAGUCCCAUAUAAUUUCGGUGGCUGUAGGACGGACGAACGAAUGCAAUUGGAUUCUUGAUUUUAAACAUAAUAUUCAAGAAUUUUGCAAUUAUAUAUUUUAA